CGGCCUACCACAGCCCAGCGCAGACACUUGCAGAGUCACCCUGGGUCCGGGUCUGUAGCACGGGGCAACAGGGUCUUAAUCAGCCUGUAGGCGGCAUCCCAGCCAUCGCUCUUCCACCUGCUCCCUAGAGAAGGGAAGAUGAGCGAGUCGAGCUCGAAGUCCAGCCAGCCCUUGGCCUCCAAGCAGGAAAAGGACGGCACUGAGAAGCGAGGCCGGGGCAGGCCACGCAAGCAGCCUCCGGUGAGUCCCGGUACAGCGCUGGUAGGGAGUCAGGAGCCCAGUGAAGUGCCAACACCUAAGAGACCUCGGGGCCGACCAAAGGGGAGCAAAAACAAGGGCGCUGCCAAGACCCGGAAAACCACCACAACUCCAGGAAGGAAACCCAGGGGCAGACCCAAAAAACUGGAGAAGGAGGAAGAGGAGGGCAUCUCGCAGGAGUCCUCGGAGGAGGAGCAGUGACCGUGCCGUGCCACCCACUCCCUCACUGAGGAGCAGCUGCUUCUGGGACUGGACAGCUCCACUCUGCUCCCACAGCCCCUGUCCCUCCCCCC